AUGGCACCAACAUCGCUCGACGCAAAUGCGGACACCACGGUCCGCAUAAUCCAACGUGGGCCUGUCAAGCCCCUGCAGGUUGAGUACAAGGUACUCGCAGCUGCUAUGUCCGCCAGUCCCUACUGGCAAACUUUUAUCCGCCACAUGAAUGGCUCCAUGGGCUUCGCGUCAAACAAUACUCACAUUGAGGACACGGGAAUCACCAUCGUCGCCGUCGAAAUUGUGCUUCGUGGCUUGCAUCAGACUUACCACCGACAUACGAGUAGCGCCGAUGGCUCCAAUAACGACAAAAAAACAAAAGUCGAACAGCGAGUCAAAAGCAAUGAUUCUGUCAACACCAACAGAGCAAGCCGCGGAAACAAAGGAGCUGUGGAGCCCGGCGCAUCACUAAACUCGGAACCAUCGCCUGCGAACAUCAGUGCCUCUAAUCAGGCCACUGCUGUGUUGCCCGAGGGCGGUGAGGCACUGCCGCGGCUAGACCCAGUGGGCGUGGAGCUCUUUUUCCCCCAGGAGCUCUUGAGGGCAGCCGUGUAUGAUGUAUGGGGUGUUUUGGCACUUAUCAACUUCCGAACCUGUAAACAGUCACAUCGAGGAAAAUUCGACGUUGACCGCACUGUUGUUCGGUCAUGGUUUCUGAAGUGGCGCGAGACCAACUUUCAGACCUUCAACACCCAAGCCGAUUUCGAGAAAGCCCUCUUUCCAACUUUCGCUUUCGACGAUGCAAACGGAUUCGCUAGUGCAACAAAGUGGCUGUGUCAGAAGACGAGUGUUGGCAACAUCGCUGAGUACAGCCCCUUCGUGCACAGCCAAGCGACCCAAUGGUACCUACAUCUCCAUCUUCCCAAGGAAAUUAUCUCUCAGACUCGCAUCGCCCGGAGUCAGCUUCGUGUAAGGGUCAGCCAGGAAAUCUGGUCCAUCAUUCGUAGCAGUCGUGGCUGGCUCUCGAACAGCAAGAGAUGUGCAUGCUGGGUGGUUGCACACUACAAAUACCUCGAGGCGCUUAAAAAUGCAGAAGUCCUUUGCCCCGAGCUUGAUCGCAAGAAGUCGGUCGCGGAGCUGGUCAAAUGCAUGAGAGCGGUCGAAUAUGAGGAGCCGCUCAACGCCUGCCUCCAGUGCUCAAAUGCUAACAUAGGCCAGCAUUUGUCGAUGGCCAUUCGUGCUGGACUUGAUUUCGAGGGACUUUGUCUGGACUGCAUGCUCGCAUCGGUGACACCGAACACUAGCCCUCACCCGACUCCAUACCAGCUAUACGCCGACCGCUUCGAUCGAAAGCAUGAGCGCUGCCUUUCGUGUCGAUUCCGCCACCAACAUGCAUCCUGGUACUUCUCAUGGGUCAAUGAGAUUCCCAGACAGGUCAUGUAUCCUCCGAGGCAAAAUGGCAACGGCUUGGACUCGUUCGCAGGAGACGAAGACUGA